AUAGAGAACAUUUAAUAAUAUAAGAAUUGAAUAAUCAAUAUUUUAAUAAAAAUAAAGGAAGUAACACAGAGAGAUUAGGCAAUGGAAGAUGAAUUUCAUAAAUGGCGAUGAUGUUUAUUUGAAUUUGGUUAUGGAUUAUAUUUUGUGAUGCAUUAAGUUAGAUGGUCAGAUAUGAUAAAUAGGCAAAAUAAGUAUUUACAAGAGCUUUGUUGAAAAUAUAUGGUAACUAAAUUUUUGGUGCUUUGGUAUUUGUCGAAGGUAGAAAACAUAAGUAUAAAUAACUAAAUGGAUUUGGAUUUGUAAUAGAGAUAUUAUAAAGCCAUAAAAUGUUAUAGUAGAUCAAAAUAAUCACAUUUUAAAGAUUUAUGAUUUUGGUUCAGCAAAAAGAUUGUAAAAAGGGAGAGCCAAAUGUUUCUUAUAUUUUGUUCUACAGAUAUUAUAGAGCACCAGAAUAUUCAAUUACAAUAGAUAUUGUGGUCUAUCGGUUUUGUAAUAGCUGAG